AUGACAGGUCGAAAGAUUCGAGUCGUCAUCGUUGGCGGCGGCAUUGGAGGUCUCGUGGCGGCGACGUUCCUUGCUCAGCAUAGGCAUCAGGUCACUGUUCUUGAGCGUCGACAACGAUAUGCAGAAUCGGAAUUUCUGGAGGCGGCUCAAGGGAUCAAUCUCACGAAGAACGUCUGGACCUGCUUUGCUGCGCUGGGCAUGACAUCUGACUUUGAGCAAAUCUCGGACUAUGGCAAGGACUGCACUGUCAGGAAGCAUAUAGAUGGUUCAACCGCUCGAGUGGUCAACAGCCUUAAUGGUCAUCGAUUUGUGCAUCGUACUAACCUUCCAACACUAUUAUUUCACUUCGCGACGAAAGCGGGUGCUGCCGUGCUGCAGGGCGAGAGCUUCACAGAAAUCAACGACUCGAACGAAGGUGUCACUCUGCAGCUUCAGUCUAUAAAAGAAUUGGCAGCAGACUUGGUCAUUGGCUGUGAUGGAAUUCACUCCAAACGGUAUCACCUUCAAAUGAGUGAUCAUACUUACGGUACAGGGACCGCGUACAACUUGGACGAAGCUGAUACAGAGGGCGCAUUCGUGGAGCGCUAUUCGAAUAUGCACGCCUUUCGCAAACGAUGGAGUGAUUUCGAACCAGCCAUUAGAGAUCUUCUAGGCGAGACUGCCGCUGUCACAAAGUGGAGAAUUGCAGAGCUGCCAGAAUUGCCAUCGUGGGCCAGCGAGUCGGGUAAAUUGGUUCUGUUGGGUGAUGCUGCACAUGCGUUUCCUCCAUGGUCUGGGGAAAAUUCGAAUGUCGAGGCACAACAGCCAUCGGCCAAUGAAGCGAUCCCAAGUGGUGCGAAGGGAGCAUGGUCGACGAUGGAGCGAUACAAAUGGAUUGAUGAAUACGAUGCAGUUGCAGAAGCCCACAACUGCCAUUUCGAUGCCAAGCUCUGA